AUGACCCUCGUACUAUCCCUCUUGCUAGCCUGCAUCAGUUGGCAAGCCCUCUCAGCCCCCUUCCGAUGGACGGUGCUGGACCAAGGUGGAGGCCCUGGCGCCCGCGACAGGCCGGGCAUCGGUUUCGAUCCAGUUCGUAGAAAUUUGAUAUCCUUUGGUGGUCGUUCUGGAAGUACCUUGUUCCAAGACACGUGGUACUUCAACGUGGAGAGUCGAACCUGGACUAGAGUCAAUGUCCCCAAUCCUCCCGCUGCGAGGUUCGAUGCCAUCGCCGGCUAUGACUUGACGACGGGUCUCUUCGCUAUCUCCACUGGUGAUGCUGCGCCCGUCUUCUUCAACGAUCUCUGGGUGCUGGUAGACUAUGCUGGUCCGAACCCACAAUGGCGCCGAAUUGACAACCAAUCGACUCUCUCAUUCGAACCAAGGUACGGUUGCGGUGGGGGUAUGAACCCAGAUGGUUAUUUCUACAUUACUCAUGGGUUCAGCUCUGGGACUCGUUACUCCGACACCUUUCGCUUCCGGCUCUCUGCCACUAGUGGAGGGUCCUGGGAAAAGCUAUCGGAGACGUUCCAGUACGGUAUCAAUGAGCCCCAUGGGCGUUGCUUGGUUGCUAAUGCGAUCCCUCUGGACAGCAAGUUUGGGAAGUUUGUUAUGCUCGGUGGGUGCGCCAAUGGUGGCAGACACGGUGGUCCCUGCCCGGCCUACGAUACUUGGACAUUCGACCAGUCGAUGAACUGGCAACGUCGGUCCGAUGCACCGGUACCAAUUCAAUAUGGUGACUUGGCUGCUUGGGGAAGCGAUAAGAUCAUCAUGUAUGGUGGGAACGGUGGGAAUCUCGCUCAGCCCAUCAGCAUUACCGAGCAAAACCCGUCUGAUGUUCAUGUCCUCGAUCUCAACACGAAUGAGUGGGAGAGCUACACAGCGGAGCUGCCCAGCGGGGUACCUGGACUCACGCCUCAGUCGAGCGCCAUCGCCUUCCACCGAAUGGCAGUAGCGAGCCUCGAUCCGCCGAUUGUCCUCUUAUUCGGUGGUCGAAUCAAUGGUCAUGUGUUGGUGCUUACCGGUGGUCCUGUUGGUAGCCCGAGAACUAGCGGUUGGUUCUACUUCUCUUGGAUAUGGAUUCACGGUAUAUUUAUGUUCGCCGCUUGGGGGUUAUGUCUUCCUAUCGGUGCUUUCAUUUUCCGAUUCUUCCGGCACAAAAAGUUUGCCUGGCCAGUUCAUCUCGCUCUUCAAAGCAUCGGAAUAGUCUUCAGUAUUGUUGGGUUCAUCGCCUCCUUUUACACUGGCGGCCGUUUCGACUUCGCCCAUGCGUACGUUGGCAUUAUAGUAUUCAUUCUCGGGUGUUUGCAGCCGAUCAAUGCGGCAUUCAGAUGCCACCCCCGUGGACGAAACUUCCUUUGCAAGAUUGACUACAGCAAGAGGUUCAUCUUCAACGCCAUUCACCAACUCGGCGGGCGUGCCGCUCUGUUGCUGGGCAUUGCUAAUAUCAUGCUCGGCAUACCUCUCGCUCAACUUCAAGUUGGUUGGCUGAUUGGUGUUGGUGUCUGGUUCGCCGUCCUCAUCGCUGGGCAUUUCUUGUGCGAGAUUCUUCGUACGAGAGGGAUCCUACCACGCAUCCCUCGAAGUGACAACGAGCUCUACCUGCCGGGCCCACUGAAGAAAUUACACACGAACGCACAUCGCGAUGAAGAUUUGAUCGCGCCUAUACCCAAGGAUGUGGGAAGGGCGCCAGAAGCUUCCGGUCAGUGA